AUGCAGGAAGCUGACAUUCCAAUUGAUAUACAUACGCUGAAGCUGCAGGAUUGGCUAGUAAGUAGAAGAAUUGUACCCAAAACUAUUCAGAAAAAUAUCAGGGACAUACGCACCAAGAUUUCAAAUGCACUUCAGGAUAUGCCAGCAAAUGAUCAGUUGAUCAAAUUAUUGUCCGGCACAAAUAUAAACUAUUACCAUUGCAAGGAGAUAGUUGAGAUACUUAAGCAAACUGAAAAAGAUACUAAAAGCGUGUUUGGUACGUACGGUAGUCAACGAAUGAAGGAUUGGCAGGAGAUACUACGUUUUUAUGAAAAAGAUAACGUCUAUCUUGCCGAGGCUGCGCAAAUUUAUGUACGUAAUGUAAAUUAUGAAAUACCUGGAGUUCGGAAGCAAAUGACAAAAUUAGAACAACAAAGCGAUGAAUGUUUAAAACGCGUCCAAGAUCUUGGAAAACCGGAAGCGCAAUUGUUAGCCGAACAUGCUUCACUGCUCCAACAAUUGGGCAUUAAAGGUGAAAAUUUGCGGGAAGAAUUUUUGCAAGUUUUGGGUAAUUUACCCGGAUUGUAUGAAAAUUCAAUACGUAAUAUUGGCAAAUUACAAGAGGCAAUCAAUUUAUUUUCCGAAGGUAGCGAAAAACUAUGUUUACCUAUAUUACGUUACCUUAUAGAGUUCGGUAAUACAACUGUUUAUCAGUAUGUACACAAAGAAGCGCCUUUGACGAUCGAAGAACCGGCAGUUAAAUUAAAUUUAAGUGAUGCUAAUGCGGUAGCAAUUGCUGCUAGUGAUAACGAGAUUGAUUUUGGAGGUGAUGAUAAUGGAGGGACUUCGUCUACAAUUUCAGCAGAAAUUAUCGACUUUGGCGAAUUUACGUUUGAGGAUAACAAUAGUCCGUUAGAAGAAGAGGAUGCAGUAAAUUUGGACGAAAAUAGUGCUGACAUUGACUGGGGAAUCGAGAGUGCACCAAGUGCUGCAGUAGAGAUAAAUUUUGACAUACCCAUUGAAGAAUAUGGAAUUGUUGUUGAGGGCGCAGGUAUGGAUGGAGGCAUCGCUAAAGGAGAACAGGCUUUUACGAUCCUUGAUUCGCCGUCUUAUCGUGAUAGAUUUUUGGAUGAAAUUUACGAGCUUGAAGCAUUUUUAUGCAUGCGCCUAUAUGAGCUUAAUCAAUUAGACACAUCCAGCAACAUUAUGUUCUCGCUAAUGGAUAGCAUUUCCACUUACGAUGCUGUGAGCAUACGGAAAAUGUUAACGAAUAUAGAACAGAUUUUGAGUGAAAUAUGCAGUGAGCAAACGCGCCACCUUUUCCAACUGAAACAUUCACCAAAAUAUGCUGAUUUGUUAGCAACUAAGUUGAAGCAAAUGAUGAAGGCUGUGGACAAAAUACGUGAUACAAAAGAAGUUCUUAAGAAACGCUCUAUAGAGUUGAUGCAGCAGCGUGUGGAUUUAAAUCCAGUGCUAGCUGAGCUUGUAUCACAAACAAAAAAGCUACAAUUGAACAUCGAGAAUGAUAUUUCUAAGCGUUACAAAAAUCGUAUAGUAAACUUAAUAGGAGGUGUAAAUUAAAUACAUUUUUUUUAUCUUUUGUAA